UAAUUUUUAUUUGUUACAUCAAAGUCAUCUCUGUUAUGCUGAUUUGGUCAUCCUUCUCCGCCCCAACCCUCUCCUCCCUCUCCCUUUUUUCUUCCACCACCCACCUCCCCUCUCCGCGCGCCCCUCCGCCCCGGCGAAUAUGGGGAGGAAAUGGACCUAAGAGGGUGCAGCUCCUCUGUUCCUUCGAAGACGGCUAGUUGCUGUCUCUGGUGUCACUACAAGGGAGGGAAGACUAUAAUUGAAUUGAAUCGAGUGGGUGUUGCUAAAUGGGGAACGAUGAAGGCAAUGAUAAGAAAAAGAGAGUGGUUUUUGUGACUGUAGGGACAACCUGUUUCGAUGCUCUUGUGAGAGCUGUGGAUUCCAACAAUGUUAAACAAGCCUUGUUUGCAAAAGGCUACACCCACCUUCUCAUCCAAAUGGGUCGUGGAUCCUAUCUUCCUACUAAGUCUGAAGGAGAUGGUUCUUUGGCUGUAGACUACUUCACUUUUUCAUCCAGUAUUGCAGAUCAUCUCAGAUCAGCUUCUCUUGUCAUUAGCCAUGCAGGGUCGGGUAGCAUAUUUGAGACAUUGCAGCUGGGCAAACCUUUAAUUGUGGUUGUAAAUGAAGAUUUGAUGGAUAAUCAUCAAAGUGAGUUAGCAGAAGAACUUGCUGAUAGAAAACAUCUGUAUUGUGCUAGUCCUCAAACACUCCAUCAAACUAUAGCAAAUAUGGAUUUAAGUUCUCUCUUUCCUUACUCUCCAGGUGAUGCUACACCAGUGGCCAAGCAUAUAAACAAUCUCCUUGGUUUUCCUGAUGAUUGAUCUAAAGCCUUUUUCUCCCCUCUAUCUCUAGGGUUAAAAGUCUUUGUGAGGGAUGAUAAUCAUUUUAUGUAAUAUUUGGAUCCCCUAAAUAGUCAGUCUUAAAUGUUGAAUUGAAUAUCAUGUCGAUGCAAGCAAUAUAUAUACAGGAUUAAAAAAAAA